AUGAUGGCAUCGCAGGCCGCAUCGCGGAGGCCCAUGUCCUACAGUAAACGCGAUCGCCAGAAUCACACUACCGAGUCCAGGAUAGACGUGACACCGAUAGAUCCCUACGAUAUUCCUGACGACGAUGAAACAACCCCACGGCCCAAGGCCACCUACAGUCGCCUGAAUCGCAACAAGCCGACCAAGAGAACCUCAUCAGAUUCAAUGGCCGAUCCGUAUGACGUUCCUAGCUCCGAAGAAACUGUCGAACUACCGCGAGCACAACCCGCAACAAAGGCUGGCAAUAGACUCAAGCCAGUGCCCCGGCCGAAGCGGACACCCUCGAAAGCCGCGCUUGUCGAACGCGCCUCGAUCGUGUCCAAGAGUCCCGAGGCCGGAGCCAAAAGGAAAAUGAGCCACUUGGAGGAGAAAACGGUCAACAUCUCAUGCAAGCGUUAUGCGACAGAACUAACUGGAGCUGUCGCCUCCAAGGCCAGUGCGAAAGCGAAAGCGCAUGAUCUGGCUUCAGCAAAGUCCGAUGCGCCAAUGCCGCCAUCGAGCCCGAAAGAAAGACACGCGAACAGGAUGAAGACGCCUAAGUCAGCCGAUGGACCCGAUGAGAAGCCAGUCCGUGGAGCCGAACCACGCAAACUCCAACAAUCAGUAUCUCUCCCUUCGAGGGCAGCUGCCAACACGGGCGCGCGAGUGCCGCCUCAUGCUCAGAGAAAGUCACGCCUCAUUGAUACUUUGGCGGCCCAGGCGAACGAGGAUUCAGAACCCGACUCCGAUCUUGACGAAGAACCGACACCCCGGAACCAGAGAUUCGCCACGCCAGUUAAUACAGAGGCGGAAGACAUUGGUUCCGUCUCGCAAACCCCAAGUUCGCAACGCGUCAAUAGGGCCGGGCCAGAUACGUGGGCUAGAUCCGCACAGCCUCUUAUUUCCAGCAAGAAGGUCAAGCGGACAUACGGCCAUGUGCGGCGUAUUCGUGAAGACGCAAACCACGGCGGUCCAUUUGCCUUGGGCGGUGACCUGCUGAGCGAUCCUUUGGUGCCGAGCCCACCUGGCUUCUCCAGUCCCGGACCUCCCCUUGACGAUUAUGACGUGGAUGAUGAUGACGGGCUCGCCGUCAAUUUCAAGAGCGUACACGAACUCAAGCGUGAAGGUGCAAAUCACAGAUUCACCGAUGUCAUGGACGAGAUGCACCUGCGGAUAGGGAUUCCUACUGAGAAGCCAUCUUCUCUACGACGCAACGCAUUGCUUGAGCUGGCACAAAAACUCAAGGAACCUAGCUUCGCGGUUCAAUUUCGAGAUUCAUCGAUACGCGACGAUUUGGCCCGCAGCAUUGGAAAGGAGAACGACAUUAUAAGCGGAUUCGCCAUGGUGGCUGCGUUGGUUGUGUUUCUCUCGUCACAUAGUGCACCUAACCUGCUGCAAAGGCUAGUAGAAGAGGGAUUAGGAAAGCUCCUAGCAAGAUUGCUUCAGGAAAAAGAGGACAUCACGGAUGUGGCGUCACGGAGAAGCACCAAUCUUUCCAAGUCGACCAAGAGCACCGUGAGCAAGCUAGUCACCGAGAUAAAGCGCAUGAAGAUUUGGCACGGUCUUGCUGUCAGCGCUAUUACACCACGAACCUUGACCUUGCGGCUUCUGCAGGACCUGCAACAUCGUGUCGAUGUCAGACUCAUGGCUCAAAUAUUCGAAGAAAUUGAAGACAGACUGAUUCUGGCAAUGGAGGACGAAAUGACAGGAGGAUACGGGAAGCGCAUCGACGGCAUCCUAAUCCUCCACAUCUUACAGCAUAGUACUAGCUACGACAACUCGCAGCUCACGUCACAACAGUUUGACCGCCGUGCGGCAUGCUGCCUUCGCUUCUUCGAAGUGGCUUUGAAAAAGUGGCCGGACACGACAGCCGAGGCAGAUACUGCCGUCUUGAAGUGGACUAUUAAUACGACAAACUCCGAGGCAGGCGCUGCUGUAUUCGGUACAUCUAAACUCUUGGACAACCUUGCCAGUUCGAUACAUGCAACACUGCGCCAGUCCUAUGAGGCUAGUUACGAAGACAUUGCCAGGGACGACAGGUUGCUAGAUGUGCUGCCUUUGGCCAUGUGUGUCAUGAUCAACAUUAUGGAGCACCACCCGCUCUCAAGGCGAAGUCUACAACGUGGGGCGUUGAAGAGCCUCGGAGGUCUAUACUUCGAACUACGACCAUCGAUUGUAGAUGCUGACACGGAGGCGAAAUCCAAAGUCAGCGUUGCUGUUGGGUACCUUGCCAUCAUUCUCGGUUACUGUGCUCUAGAGGAAGGUGGGCGGAAUAUCAUAACCGGCCAGGGCACAGACGACGGUGUUCAAGACAUCACUGAAGCGAUAGGUCACUUCGUAGCCUUGCAGCGCACUGUCGACGCCAGGGUACACGAACUUGAACACCUCGUCAGCGAGCUGCAGCAAGUGACUCGGAGAAGGAAGGCAAUGUGA